AUGCCUCCUUGGGCAGUGCCCCGGGCCGGCUUGGCGGGGCCGCUGAAGGAUGCCGACCUGCGAGCGGCCGUGGAGGCCCUGCGGCAGCACGACCUGCACCCCGUGCUGGAGGAGUGGUUCCUGGAGGUCCUGCAGACCGACCUGCAGAGGAGCAUCGCCCCCGAGCUCUGGACCUGCAUCGCGCAGCAUGAGCAGGCGGCGGAGGAGCCACAGUGCUCGCGCCUGCUCCUGGGCGCCUUCUGCCAGCUGAAGAGCCGCCUGGACCCUUAUCUGCACAGCCUGGACCUCAUGGAGGCGUGGACCAGGGACGGGCUGCUCCUGGGAACGGGCUCCCAGGGGCUGCGUGAGAAGGUCUGCACCAUGCUGCGGGCCAUCCUCUUCUUUUCCACCACGAAGGCCUUCCAGGAGAUGAUCCAGCGGUUCUACAGCCGCAGCUUCAAAAUCUACAUGCGGCAGUGGGAGCGAGGCGAGGACCGGGCGGGCGAGGGGGGCAGCGGCAGGAAUGGCCAUGAGCACGAGCAGGAGAGCGAGGCGGAGGAAGGGGAGCUUGCGGGAGGGGGCCAGCUGUGCACUGGCUGCGGUUGCCCCAAGGACCGGUGCUGGUGCCCCACAGCCAUGCAGCAGUUCCAGCAGCUCAGCGAGAUCCUACACAGGCUGAACCUGCUUGAGCGGGUAAGUGCGGAUGCCGUCACCAAUAUCCUGCACAAGAUGAUCGAGGAGCGGAUGGAGUGGAGGUGCCGAGGGGAGUAUGAGCGCUCCUUCCUGACGGAGUUCCAGGAGUGGAUUGAAAAAGUGAUCGGCUGGCUCAGCCAGGUGUUCCUGCAGGAUGGGGCCUGUGCGCAGCCUUCCGCUGAGGCAGGCAGCACGCUGAAGCGGUGGCGCUGCCACGUCCAGGGGUUCUUCUACCGCCUGUACGCCAGUAUGCGCAUCGAGGAGCUCUUCAGCAUCAUCCGAGAUUUCCCAGAGUCCAAGCCAGCCGUGGAUGACCUGAAGUACUGCCUGGAAAGGACUAAUCAGCGGCAGGAGCUUUUGGGUUCCCUGAAAAGCGCCCUGGAAAUGCGGCUUCUGCAUCCCGGGGUAAGCACCUCAGACAUCAUCACGUUCUACAUCUUCGCCAUCAAGGCCCUGAGGGAACUGGACCCUUCCAUGGUCAUCCUGGAGGUAGCCUGCGAACCCAUCAGGAGGUACUUGAGAACCAGGGACGAUACGGUGCGGCAGAUUGUGGCUGGCCUGACUGGCGACGCUGAAGGGUGUGCAGACCUGGCCAGUGAGCUCUCCAAAGCGGAUCCCGUGACGCUGGAGAACGGCCAGGAAAGUGACGACGACGGCUUCGAGCCAGAGGACUGGGUGCCCGAUCCAGUGGAUGCUGACCCGGGAAAGUCCAAUUCCAAGCGACGCUCAUCGGACAUCAUCAGCCUGCUGGUGAGCAUCUAUGGCAGCAAAGACCUGUUCAUCAACGAGUACCGCACGCUUCUGGCUGACCGGCUGCUGCACCAGUUCAACUACAGCGCAGAGAGGGAAAUCCGAAAUGUGGAACUGCUGAAGCUGCGAUUCGGAGAAGCCCAGAUGCACUCCAUCGAGGUCAUGCUAAAAGACAUGGCCGACUCUCGCCGUAUUAACGCCAACAUCCGUGACGAGGAGCAGAAACUCCCCGAGGAGGAGAGGCCUCCGUUCAGCCUCAGCGCCGUGAUCCUGUCCAGUGAGUUCUGGCCACCACUGAAGGAGGAAAAGCUGGAGCUCCCUGAGCAGGUCAAGGAGGCCAUGGAGGCCUACACCAAGAAAUACGAGAAGCUGAAGGCCAUGCGGACCUUGAACUGGAAGCACCACCUGGGCUUGGUGAACAUGGAUGUAGAGCUGGCGGACCGCACGCUCUCCCUUGCCGUGUCCCCGGUGCACGCGGCCAUUAUCUUGCACUUCCAGAGCAAGGGCACGUGGACCCUGGAGGAGCUGAGCGAGGCGCUGAAGGUGCCUGUGGCCUCACUUCGGCGCAGGAUGGCGCUGUGGCUGCAGCAGGGGGUGCUGCGGGAGGAGCCCCCGGGCACCUUCACAGUGAUCGAGGAGGAGCAGAAGGACCGGGCAGAGAAGGUGGUCCUGAUCGACAGCGACGAGGAGGGCGACUCGGCCAUGGCCUCGCAGGCCGACCAGAAGGAGGAGGAGCUGCAGCUCUUCUGGUCCUACAUCCAAGCGAUGCUGACCAACCUGGAGUGCCUCUCCCUGGAGCGUAUCCACAGCAUGCUCAAGGUCUUCGUGAUGACCGGCCCCGUGGUGACGGAGAUCGACAUCCUCGAGCUGCAGGGCUUCCUCCAGAAGAAGGUGCGGGAGCAGCAGCUCAUCUUCUCCGGCGGCGUCUACCGCCUGCCCAAGAGCUGCAGCUGAGCACCGCUCCUCCGAGGGUGGCCUGUCUGGCGCCCAUGUGACUGUGAGUCCAGGGGUGUGGAUCUGGCCAGUGUGGGACUCCUCCCAGGCCCAUCCCAGGCACACGAGACAACGCGGGUGCCCCAUGGGUUGCUUCUGUGCAUAAUAAAACGGCUUGCAUCUCA